AUCUUUGGGACGCUUUGCCCAGGGCCUUGUCUGUUGUACUAGCGAGUACGAUACAUCGAAUCUUUGCAUUCUUUUUUGCUCUAGUUGUUGCUAUAAGCCUGACGGCUUUCGGCAAAUCAUCACCUCCUCGAAUUACUUGUCAACAUAUAUGUAUCCAGAGGCACCUCAAACAUAAAAGAGAUCCAAAUCACCACGAGUGCCAGGCAGUCAUUAACCUCUAAAAGACGGGGAGUACGCCAGACCAUAGUUAUCAGCCCAUCAUGUCGACAUCGACAGGCACAGGAAGCACCACCCUUCCUCAUGGCGAUAAGCACAUUUGUCUCAUCGGCCUGGGAGCCAUAGGGGUAUCGUUCCUCGCCCUGCAUCUGACAUACACAUCUGCAAGGGUGUCCGUGUAUGACCCUCGGCCGGACCUCCAGGAACAUCUCGAAUCGGUGUUGCCAUUGUACUUGCCGUCAGACCCCUCGUCGUCGUCCACGUCCACGUCCGUAUCCGAAUUACUCUCCGGCAAAAGGUUGGUCAUCCAUUCGGAUCUUGCGUCGGCCGUUCGAGACGCCACCAUCGUCCAGGAACAAGGACCCGAACACCUCCCGUUCAAACAAUCGACGUGGUCCGAGGUCAUCAAGUACGCAUCGCCGGCCACACAUCUGUGGUCCUCGACUUCUGGGAUCCCGGCGAGCCGGCAGUUGUCUCAUCUUUCUCACGCCGACGCUGCCAAGAGCAAACUCUUGAUCGUCCACCCGUUCAACCCACCUCACAUAAUGCCCCUGUUGGAACUCGUCCCUUCUCCCGACACGGCGACGGAGGAAGUCGAGUUUGCCCGCGAGUACUUUGCCUCGUUGGGGUCGGGCCAUCGACCGAUCACGAUCCACAAGGAGAGCCAAGGGUUCGUGGCGAACCGUCUGUCUUUCAUCAUGUUCCGCGAGGCGUGUCAUUUGGUCAACGAGGGCGUGGCGAGCGCCGAGGAGGUCGACGAGAUUGUCCGAGCGAGUCUGGGACCCAGGUGGGCCGUCGCGGGACCUUUCAAGAUGUACGCCUUCGGCGGAGGGAAGAAGGGGAUGGCCGGGUUCUUGGACAACAUAGGAGAGUCCAUCGACGGGGUGUGGAAGGACGCCGGGAACAUCACGAUGGCGGAACAAGGAUGGAAGAAGGCCGUGGCCGAGCAGACGGAUAGAUCGUAUGGGACUUUGGGACCCGACGAGAUUAGAGCUCGCGACGAGGGGUUAAAGAGGAUGGUGAAACUGCAGGAGGACUUGACUGGGGGUAAAUCAAGGUAG